CGGGUGGCGAGCGAGACGGGAGGAUCUAGCGCGGCUCUUCUCCCUGGGCCUGACGCGCGUGGCCCACUGCACCGGGAAGCGAUCAUGUCAAACACGAAAAAUGGAGUACAAACAAAGUGAUACAAAUAGGGUGGAUUGCGUCCGUUGCCUCUCACUGGUCCGGACCUAGUCAAGUGGAUUAUGUGUUCGUGUGUGCAGAGAAAGGCUCGACAUUCUUGUGAUGGUGAAAAUGCUGAAGUUCGAAAAUCCGCCUCGACUGUCGGCUUUCAAAUGUUCGACGCUGCCGCUCGACAAACCUACGAACAACUUCGCCAAGAUGAGGCGAAUCCUACGGGCGUCAGGGGCAGGUGGGGAGGGGCGGCAGGACCCCCCCAGUUUGCCCGUGCCCACGGUGCCCCCGUACCCAAUCGAACUCUUCGAAAACAACCCAGACCUCGGCCACACUAACCGAGCGUUCAACCUCACCGACGAGUUCUUGGAGGCAAACAACCUUAAAACAAGGACGUCAUCAUCAUCCGCAGAGUCUCGGGCAGCGAGCGACGACUUGCCUAGCGUGAGGUCCUCGCCGGAGGGAGCCGUGUACAACGUGAGCGGCGGCACCGUGAGGAGCCUGACGGCCUUUGAGAGCGAGGAGAGGACGCCCCAAGACUCUUCCCCGAGAGGCAGCGAAGUGACGACGCUCAGUGACGAGGCUUCAUUGGGAAAGCAAAGCUUCCGCAGCACCGGUUCUCGGGGUCCAAGUGGCAGUUCUUCAAGCAGCAGUUCUGUGCCCAACGGAGAAUCUUCUCCUGUGACUCAGUCGUCGAGUGUUUCCUCAACCCAUAGUGAUAGCACUGUGCCUAACGAUGAUCCUUUACCGAACGCUGGCACUCCAACUAACGGCGGUGCUGCAGCCAACGAUGGGCCACUUCCCAACGGUGACACUCCAGCUAACAGUGGUUCAGUAUCAUAUAGUGGCGCCAUGUCCAAUAGAGGCUUCAUACCCAACGUGGACCCCAUUUCUGACUGUGAGCAAAACAACGGAAAUGCCUCGUCCAACGGUGGCCCUCUGACUAACAAUAACUCUACCUGCAAGUCUGAUAACAUAUCCAAUGGUGCUGCUCCAGCUAACGGUGGCCCCAACGGCAAACCCUCAUCCAACGAUGGUGAGUCAGACUAUGAAGUACCUGCAUCUGUUGAUAAUUACCUACUGAAAAGAAAUCCCGUACCUGUCACAAGAGGUCCCGCACCUCGUUCCCCUAUUCGCAACGGUGCCCCAAUAUACCAUGGUGCUCCCACAUACAAUGGUGCCGCCAUGCUCAAUGGUGCCCCUAUUCCUAAUGGUGCCCCCAUGUUCAAUCGUGCCCCUAUGUAUAAUGGUGCCCCCGUGUUCAAUGAUGGCCCCUUACCCAACGGUGUUCCUGCUCCAAGAUUCUUUGUUCCUACCCAUGGAGCUGUAUUCAAUGGAAGAGGUCCUCCGAACUGGAGCCACAAUGCUGCUAUGUCCCUUCCAUAUGGCGGGACAUCAUACAGCAGGGGGCAACACGACCCUCGAUCGCCACCACAAGGACGCGGGCCAGUCAGACAUUCCUCAAGCGGCCGCCUGGUGGCCAAAAGCGCGUCUCUGUCCCUAGGUGGGCCCGUGACUCCGGUUCAUCGAGGGCGAGUGGGCGGGUCGCUAAAUUUCUCCCGGGUGGGCCAACAGCUUCACCCCUCCGGCACCUUCUACCCAGAUGGGCGCCACAGAAUGGAGAGGGACGCCCCUCCGCCGCCACCGCCGCCACCACACCCUGGGAUGACAGGGGUUGUGGGCCAAGCAGGGGGGGCGACGGCCGGUGCUGCGCCUCCAUACAGACCUCCCAUAAAUCACAGCAAGACCGGCCGUUCCUCAGGUGACCAGGUGUGCCCAGCAUCUGUUAGCGGCCCUCCUAAUGAAAGGAGUCCCCAUCACCCUUCUGUCAGCACAACCGCGGAAGGCACAACCAGCAAGGCCUCGAUUCCCAUAUACAGCCAAGUGUGCAAGGCUAAGAAGACACGAAAAGCGCCAAGUGGAAAUGCACCUGUCAGUGAAGCGUCCGCCCCCGCAAGGAGGAUCACUGUGCCCAGGUCCUCGGCUCCUCCCAACACUGUGGUCAGACGGGACGAGCGGCAAAACACACGACACCCAAGCCACGCCACUCCCUCCAGAUCCGACGGCAGUCCGCUGUAUGAGGACCUGCGAGAGUUCGAGGAUGAGGGAGCCGAGGAGAGGCAGUAUAACAUCGAAGUCAAGAUUGAUUACUCUCGGGGCAGUAAAUACCAGAUGGAAACUCGCCACAUAGUCACCACGAAAAACAAAAACGGCGAAAGAACGCAACAGAUCCAGUCGGCACCUGAAGGACCGAAAACCACGCCAAGUACCAGCGAGAACCGGAGGGAGAAGACGAUAUCGAAGAAGCUCCGGGAGGUGGGAGAGAUGAAGAACUUUCGACUCGGGGUCAUCCAUGUGAUUCGAGUCGGCAAGUGGAGGUUCGUCGCGCUGUGCUGCUGCGGGAACACCAGCCGCUACGUCCACCAGCCGGGCCGCAUCGAAAACUACGUGCCCGGUUACUCCUCCUUGGCCGAGAAGGAGUUGAAGAGGAAUCCGGAAGCUGAUGUUAAACUCGAGUCUCAAUCGCAGGAGCCGCCGCCGGUGUCCGUCAAUCAUAGGUACGGGUCACAGAAGAUGUCAAUGACCCAUGCCUUGAAAGAAUCCGGAUACGAAAGCGACAGCACCCUAGUGUUCAAGAAGCGAGAGGACGCCCGCCGCCUCGCCCCCGACCCCCGCAAGACCAGCCAGGUGUACCGCCAGAUCCAGCGAGGAGGCGACAUUCCCAUCACUGGCCUGCAGAAGCCCAACCCCCCGAAGCCCAAAGAGGAAUACUACGUGGUGUACUCAGACCUCGACCUCGGCCUGCACCACCCAUCCCUCUCCGAUUUGCUCCUGCCCUACACCUACAUCCAAGCCAUGCCGCCCCCCUCCAAGCCUCCUGUGCCCACGUUUGGCGACAGGAAGAGGUCAGCUCCCUCCAGGGUUGUCAUGGCCCCGUCUCCUCCGCGCCGCAUCUCCUCCAAGUGGCACCCGUCCCUCUUGAAGCCCUUGAUGAAAGACCGUCCGCCUGUGCCCUCCGCUCGGUCCACCUCAGCGGAACGUGUCAGGGAGACUCGCGCCUUGUAUUCCACGUGGCACCGCGAAAAGGUAGCGCGCUCUCGAGAAAAGCUCGGGACCUCACCGACCAAGACCACUUCACUGGGCCGGUCACUCUCAGCAGCGAAACAAACACAGGAAGUGCGAGAAAAUUUCUUGAAGACCCGCCGCACCGUCUCCGAGUCUCGCUUCACCAUCGAGGAUCGGGAAAACUCACCUCCUCGUAGAACGUCUGCGCCCGCCAAAGCCAAGACUCCGUUGAGGCACUACGAGAGUCGGGACAAACUGCAUCGUAAAUCCUCCCAGAGGGAUCUACAUGUCGAAAGGGGCCUUCCGGGCAGACAGCAGGAUCAUGUGGCCUCGCCUGCGCCAGGUCAUAGCAGGUCCCUGAGCGCUGAUGCCUCAAGGAAGUGGUCCAGCGGUUCGGCGGACAGUGGCCGCAACGUAAUGCGUCACACAGUCAGCAGCAUGAACAAAAUCAAACGAACGUCACUUCAGCAGAACCACAUCGAAGGGCCAUGUCAGCCGUCCCGCAGCAGCAGCACUGACAGCACAUGCAGACGACGACCCAGCACCUGCCUGUCCCCCGAGCCCCAGCCACCAAUGCGGAAGACUGGCGUCAGCCGAAAGGACAGUCGUUCCCGAGGGUCUCCGUAUUCUGACGUUUCCCUGGAAGCAUCAGAUGACAAGAAACUGAAGCAGAGCGAGAGUUUUGACACCACUCAAAGCAACGAAACUGGUUACUCCAGUAUGAUUGAUCUUUCUCCCUCGCCAACACCAGACAGGAAACUACCAGUUGAAGAUCGUGAAAAGCGGCCGAGAAAACGGUCAGAGCCUCCGCCUCCCCGAGCACAAUCUUCUCCUGUCCGUCGUUCACGUUUUUCUACAUGUUUUGUGGAGCAGCGGAACAAGUGGGAAGCCAUAACUCGCGGAGACGCCGAAAGCGGCCGUCUGUCUCGCAGCACCUCACGCAGCACCUCGCCUCUCCGCUCCCUGCAGUUGGUGCGUCAAGUGAGCAGCAGCUUCAAAGACAUCCCAGCAGAGGUCUCAAUUUCCAGCCCUGGUCCGCGGCGCAGCAGAUCACUGGACAUCCUCACCCCCUCACCCCACUCCCACCCUCACCGCUAUCGCCAGUAUAUUAUCGAGCUCAGAAACGCAGCACCGAGGAACGCACGGAUCUCACAACUCAGACGACUAUUUACAUCCCUCGAGCGCGUCCACCGCCUCGAACGGUCUGUGAGUAGUGUGGAACUGUCCGCCGCUGAGAGCAGAUCUCAUGCUAUAAUAGACUUCGAGACGUGGAAGGGACUGCGGGAGAAAGAAAGGAAAGCCCUUGAAUAUAAUGUACUAUUAAAAGAACUUGACGUCGCCCAGAAGGAGAAAGAGUUCCUCUACAAAGUAACCCCGGAGAAAAAGUGGUCGGGUGACUGCCGGCUGAGAGGCCGAGAUAUUCACGUCAACGACCUACGCGACAAAUUUUCUUCCAUCAGCGACAACACUUCUGAGGUCACCUACAAGCGGCGCCGUGAGAUAGAAAUCUCGAAAGACACUUACCGUGGCCUAUGGCGAGGGUCUUCAGUGCGUGAUCUCUCCCACAAGUACCAGGACCCCGAACGCCGCCGCAGCAGCAGCAAGCGGGGUUCUAGUCUGAGUCUUUCGCGUGAAGACUCAGGUUUAAGAUCCCGAGGUUUGUGGACCAGUCUCAGUCUGGAACAAGUGAAUGCCUUUCGAGACCACCUCGCGGAGAUAUAUGGAUCGAUGCAGAGUAUCCGAUCAUGGAGGGAAAGAAAACAAAGAAACCAAGACAAAGGACAGCACCGGGCUCAGCGGGAAUUUGCUAACCACAAGGUCGACGUGGCAGAAACAGGGCGCGCCCUGGCUGACAAGCUGCGUACAUUACAUGGCCGUGCACCCUCCGAGCCUACAAAACGAUCGCCUCCCAGGCACUCUUCUCCUACACGGACAACCAAAAGCACCAGCAGCCUUACGCAAGUAGAGGAUCAGAGGCGACAGUUGUCAAAGCAGCUAUCAAUCGAAUUCCAGGAAAAGGUUAUGGAACAGAAGAGUUACCAAGGUCCAGAAUCUGCCCCAGCCACUUUGGACACACUUCCCGUCCCUGACGUAUCAUUGUCCCUCAGCCCCGAGAGUCUCUCACGAUCCUCACCUCGCACGUGCUACUCUCUCGACAUAUCAGAUUCUUCUGAACCCAACUCUCUCAACUCGGACCAGUUACUGUUGGUGGUCCAGAAGCCCGGGAAGUCUGGCCGCAGCCAAAGCCUCCCCCCUGAACCAGCCAGUGACCCAGAAUCUAGUGACUCGGAAGUAUCGGUAAGAACUGUCGUACACAAGGACGUGGCAGGAAAAGUUAAGUUCUUUGAAAAACGAGCUCGUCGAAAUUCGAGGUCCUCGGAGCGUCACUCUUCCCGCGGCAGCCAGCUCAACGUGGACGAGGUGCCCCACUAUGCCACACUUCCAUCUCGUCUCAAGCAACAGUCCCAGAGCAAACUCCUCUCCCCAAACUAUCUCCCUGAGAGAUCUGUCUCGUCCGUAAACCUGAACAGCAAGGCAGAUGUUGCUUCGCAGGCGUGGCGCAUAUAUGACAAGACCAAUCCUGUCAGCGGAUCUUCCCUCCAACGACUGGCUGACAUGCCCCUGGAACAGCGGGACCAGAGAAAUCCAACCUCCCACUCCCGGUCUUACUUGUACAACGUCAAGACAGGUGACGUCAAUAGGCUGAAGCGUAGAUUCGAGAGCCCCGAGGAGGCCAGGCGACGCACCAGGUCCUUGCCUAACGUGAACGGUCCUCUGUCUCGUGUGACGCCGACAGGAAGGACGGUGGUGCGAGGCCAGGAGUCGGGUGAUGUGCAAUUCAUGAAGGCCAAAUAUGAAACUCCAAGACGGUCCCGCAGCCCUGAACGGUGGCAACCAGUCCGAGAUGAGUACUUGCCCAAGUCUAAGCUAACAUCUACCAUGCAGACGCUGGCAAAUCGCUCCAUGGCGUUUCGGGAGCCGGAUACUAUUGAGAGACUUGCUCGCAGGGAUUCUGUGGAGAAGGCCGUGCUGCGCCGCGUCCACACUGGCAACGUGGAGGCAUCAGUCGAUCGUCUUGAGAGCAGGCGAUUAGAUGCAGGCUCAAAUGUGUCUAUCAUCGGCCAAAUGUACACUUCCACUCCAUCCAUGAAGGAACUUGCCAACAUGGCUCCUCUUAUCCCACCUCGCCCUCCCCCGCCACUACUGGGUCCACAGAAGCCACAGAGGAUGAACCGCAGUACCCCACAGCCUCUUCUGACUUCAACGCCCACACCUUCACCCAUUGAUGUACGAGCUGCUCAUAAACAGCGAGCCUUGAGCGUGCAAGAACCAGUUUGUCCACCUCCGAUGAUGGUCCAACCCCCACCAGGCUCCUCGACCACUUUUAAACGUCAGUCUGGCUAUAAUGCCGAUGCACACCGCCCCAAGGCGCGCUACAUCCCACAGGAAUCAUACGGGAGCGGGUCCCCAACUAGAGCUGCUCGUUACGGAGGAGCCAAUUGGACACAGUCACUGGAGCGCCCUCAGCGGGUGACGCGUGCCAUGACUCACUCCGCGCCACCGUCCGCCUCCGACCAGCGUAGCUACUACCACCACGCCGGCCGACACCCUUCUGAUAUGCGAAAAUCAUCUUCCCCUGCCGAUUAUCACACGUACUCCCAGCCUUACUCCCAAUCGACCUAUGCCAUCGCCCAACCGUCAAGCCACCGCCCUCACGAUUCCCUUAGUCCGGGGCGGGAGCAGAGCUACGGCAGCAAGGCAGUCUCCUGGAAAGAGCCCCUGAUCGGUCCCCUACCGUUCUCUUACCUGUCAUCGGCGCAGCGUUCACCUCCCGCGCGGCCAGAGUCACCUUACAAGUAUGAGUCCGGCGAGGUGAACAUCCACUACCGCACUCCCGUGAGGAUCGAGCAGAAGGAGUCCAUCCCCGAGGAGGAGCUCGCCCGCCGCCAGGAGGAGCACAUGAAGAAGGUUUACGAAAACGAGCGGCGCAAGAAGUACCUCGCCGAACUGGAGGACAUCGAGCGCCGAAGACACACAGACAACUUCACGCCUCUUCAGAAGUCUCCGAUCCCUCUAAACCGCUACGACGAUGAAAGCAGCCUUGGCACCAUGCGGGGCGCACGCACCCCAGAUCUCAAGCAGGUGGCGAGGGCCUUGUUUAACUUCUCUGCACAAAACAAAAGAGAACUUGCCUUCAACAAGGGAGACGUAGUAUUCAUCCGUAGACAAAUAGACAAGAACUGGUAUGAAGGAGAGUCUCGGGGACAAGUUGGCAUCUUCCCUUGUAACUAUGUGGAGAUUGUGCCUUAUGACAGCAUUAGAACAUUAACCCGAAAGCCCACCGAGGGCCAGGCUAGAGCCAGAUUUAACUUCCAAGCUCAGACCUCCAUGGAAAUGUCUCUCAGUAAAGGGGAGCUGGUAGUCCUGACACGGCGUGUUGAUGAGAACUGGUACGAGGGCAGGAUAGGCAACCGUAAGGGCAUCUUCCCCGUAUCUUAUGUUGAUACACUGAUGGAACCCGGAGCUGACCGUCCCUUGACUCCCAGCUCUUCGCCCAUGCCCCGGCCCGCCCUGCCUGCGGCAAACCUGCUCUACAAUGGUGCCUCCUCCUACUCCAGUCCCUACUCUACCUUGGGGCGACCGGGAAGUCAAAAUGAUUCCAGACCUUACCACCAGUCUCUCACCGUGAACACCCAGCAGGAGCCUAUACCGUACCGAGCACUCUAUAACUACAAACCUCAGAAUGACGAUGAGCUGGAACUUUUUGAGAAUGACCUUGUGAUGGUGAUGGAAAAGUGUGAUGACGGCUGGUUCGUGGGCACCUCCCGCAGAACAGGCCUCUUUGGCACCUUCCCCGGCAACUACGUGGAGAAAGUAUGAGUGAAGCCUCCACCAUGGGCUGAGCUGUAAAGUUUAAUCAAGUAUGAGUGAGGCGCCAACGAAGGACAGAGCUGUAGAGUUUUAUCACAGAUCUAUUAUUAACUAUAUAUCAAGAUUCAUUGCUUUGUUACCUGUUGAAGUGAUGCCAUUUUUGUAAAUACAUGAAGACCCAAAGGAUAUUUUUUACAGUUACAAUACAUACUCUCUGUAAUCUCAUUAUAGUGAACAGUAUAAAGGUUGAAUAGAAACUUAAUUAAUUGCAACAGUUUGACUUUGGGAUUCUUAGACACUGAGGCUUUAAAAAGGAGACGUACCACUAUGUACGUACCGUGGGUGUCUGCUAGUUUCAUGGUAUUCCAAGAACAACAGAGGAAGCUGGUUUCUUGAUAUUUGAGUACUGAAGGGCAGGGGGAUGUGCUACAGUAAAAGUGUGUGUUGUGCAGGUUUGUAUGCCCCCCCAAUAUAGUGUUCAAAAGAAAACUAACAAGCUGUGUUUACAGAAUUUGUGUGCCAACAUGAUAACAGUUAGGGAAAUUUUAAGAUAAAUUAGAAAAGGAUCACAAUUUUAUCAUUUACGAUUAUACUGUUUUCAGUAAAGUUUGAUUUUAUUAACAUUAAGCUUUAAUAUUCUUUUACAAAAACAAAUUUUGGAGGUAAACUAUAGGCAGGUCUGGUCACACUUUAACAUAACUUCAAAAUGUGGAGGAUUGAAGCAUAAAGUGCAUGUAGUAAUAGCCUGUGCCUACCCAAAGUGGCGCACACACACACAAACAUACACACACACACACAAUAUGUCCUUCAGUAACAAGCUCGUCCUUGAAAGGUUCAUUCGUUCUGGUAGUAAACACGUUACUAUGAGGAUCAGUUCAGGUUUUGCACGCGUCUAGUCACACCCAAAGUGAAGUUAAUCAGAACAAAAAAAUCUAUGUAGAUGUCUUGUCACCCUCUGCUGGUGCUUUUUAUUCUGGUGAUGUUCAGAGCAAAAUUCUAUAUGGAGAAAAAAUAGUUAAGUAUCUUUAGUCACGCACACUUACCGGUGCAAAUGUUUACUUCACAGGCUUUGCUGGGAUGCACGACUUUCUUUAUUUUGGAAUAAGAAUUAUUUUGUGCAGUCUUUAAAUGCUCCUGCCUGUCUAUUCUUACAUUUAUCUUAUGUUUGUUUAUUUAGUUUAUCCACCUCAUUUAGGCAUGGUAGAUACUGGAGUGAAUAUGGCAUGUAUCUGUGUGUAUAUGCCUUUGAAUAUGAUACUUACAAUAAUUCAUCUCAUCUCUUCACAUUCAUUUGUCAAAUAUAAUAAUGUUAUUAAGACUGAAUGGACAUAAGCUUUCCCCUUAAAAUUAGGUAAAUUUGAAUAUGCAUUUUUCCAGGAUGAUAUGGAAAGGAUUUACAUCACUGCCAAGGAAUUAUAUAUAUAAUACUGUACUAGUAUUUUCAGAUAAUUACAUUUAAGUCAUCUCAUAUCUUCAAUACUGUAUUCCACAAAGAUAAACUCUGCUAAUGCAGCAUCAAGAUAACAAAGCUACAGUAUUUUGUAAUACAUAUACUGGAUUCAUUGCCUUAGAAGGUGACCAUAGUGCGCAGCUGUUGUUAAAAAUAACAUCCAUCACAUCCCAACCUAUCUGUGCAAACAUUCACUCUCCUUUUUGGAAGGAGAAAACUACAAAAUGUGGGUCAUGUGACUAACUCACUAUUAGAAUCAAUCAACCUUCUAUAUGAGAAAAACAAGGAAAAUUUGCAAAUUCAAUCAUAGCCAGGAAACAAAUUCCCGGAAGGAAUCGAUUCUCGCCUGUGCUUCCGUGUCAAUCUUCCGUUUGUGACUUGCAUCAGCUUUUACAUUGUAAAUUUACGUGCUGCUGUCGUACAGGAAUUCUUAUAGCUUUAUGGAAUAACGUAUCACUUGACUGUCUCACUCACACACUUCCCCAUCACAAUUCAUUCACUCAUAACUAUGUCUGUCAUAAACCUCAAUGUUCAACAGUUAUGGAGUUGCACUGGGUAUUAAUGCUAUACAGUCCCUCACCUACCACAAGGCCACAAUGAACAGCUACAAAUAAAAGGGGACACCAAACACCGAGCCACAAAGCCAAAAUGAUUGAAAUAUUUGGAUGUCUGGCAGCAAUCAGUGACUAGUAGUUGAUCAUGUGGGGGUGAAUGACUGUGUAUGUAUGUAACUUGUAAGGACACAAUUAGCCUUGAUGGGGUGUGAUUAUAUAUAUACAUAAAAAAGGCUUCCUGAUGUUGAGUAAAUGCCACACUUUUCCGGUAGAUUUUUAGUUUGAUAAACCACACUCACCUAGCGAGACUUCCCUACUUUCUGAACGGUGUGAAGUGCAAGAUUUUUUAAAGUCAAAUCAAGUGCCUUUCUGUGGUAGAUGGAAUACUGAACUGUUUAGUCCCCCAAAGUUUGACAGUAUCUGUCUUGCCCCAACAGUAUGCUAUUUACUGUCUUGCCCCCCAAAGUUCCUUAAUCAUUAAUCAAUGAAGAAAAUUUCAAAAACUUUACUUAUGGGGAACUGUGGGCUUUUUCACUCCUGUAUAAUUUUUUUCCUGUUGUUAUGCACAAUUUACUUUAGCUUAUCAUGUAGAAUAUGAUAAUAAAAUGAUGAUUAAU